AAAAAAAAAAAAGAGUCCACAAAAAAAAUUUUCAACACUCUACCCCACCACCGAAAUUUGUAUACAGACAGUGAAGUUAUUUCUGAUAUAUAAUUAAACCAUAACGCAACACAAGACAACGUCAAUUUAAAUUCAAAAUUAAAAUUGAUUUACUUAAUUAGUUUUCCCAUCGAAUCUAGUUUUCAACUUUGACAGGAAUACAUUCAUUUCAACCAAAUAUCUUUAUUUAGAUAUUACCCAUUUUUUUUUGCAUUUCUAACUUUAUUCCAUUCAUCCAUUUUAUCCCAUCAGACGUGGUUUGGUGAUUCAUUUAUUUCUUUUUCCACUCCAUUCCAUUAAAUUCAUCUUUACUUGUUUUUAUCAACGUUUAUUAUUCAAAAUCAUCCAUUAUAGACUAUAGAUUUUAUUCAUUCCCUAAUAAUCAUCAUUUCUCAUUCUAAUAUCACUCAUUAACUCAAUAUGACUACUGAAUUAAAAGCAAAAGAAAUUUUUAAUCAAUUUGCAACUGUUGGUGCAAAUAAUCAAAAAAUUAUUACUUUACCUGAUUUCGUCAAUAUAAUAUCUCCUUUCCAAACUGAUAUAUCAAAACCUUCAUUUUCUUUAUUAUAUCUUAUAGCUGAUAAAGAAAGAAAAGGGUUUGUUAAUGAACAAGAUUGGGUUACUUUUAUUACUACUUUAACUUCUAUUGAUGGAGAAUUUAAAUUAAUUUAUAAUUUCUUAAGUUCAGGUAUUAAUAAUAAAUCUCCUCCUCCAAAAAAAAUUACUUAUAAUGAUUGUAUUGAAAUUUUAAAUAAAUUAAAUCGUUCAAUCGAUCCAAAUUAUCAACAAAAUUUAAUUAAAUUAAAUUGGACUUAUUUCCCAAAAUUCUUUGAACCAAAUGGUACUAUUAAUUUUAAUGAUUUUAUAACUUUAAUUAAUUAUUUACCAGUUACAAAAUUAAUUGGUGGUUUUGAAAUUUUAGCUUCAAAAAAGAGAACUAUUAAUGAACAACAAUUAGUGGAUUUAUUAUCAACAAAUUUAAAUCAUAAAUUAUCCACUAAAUUAAAACAAAAUUUAAAAAAUAUUACCGGUUUCUUCCAAGAUGAAAAUAAUGAAUUUAUUCAAGAAUUUAAUUUAUCAAAUCUUUUAUUUGUUUAUGAUACUUUAAAUAAAGUGGAUUUAAUUAAUGAAGUCAUUGCUAAUACUCCUCCAACCACUAAAGAUAAAAAUGAUGUUUUAAUUAAUAAAUUGGAUUUAUAUAAUCAUUUAAAUGAUCAUUUAUUAAAAAGUUCCAAUUUUAAACCCAUCUCAAUCUAUGAAAUUGAUCUUUUAUAUUAUUUAAUUAAUCAAAAAUCAGAUGAUAAUGUCCCAAGACGAGAAUUAAUUUCAUUUUUAAAUCCAAAUUUUAAUAAUAAUUUACCAACUUUAAAUCCAAUUUUCGAUCAUCCAAAAUCAAAAUAUUCUACUAAAGUAAAUGAUAAUUUCUCAUUAUGGCCGAUUUAUGAUUCAUUGUAUUCAUUCUUUUUAGGUUCAAUUGCAGGAUGUAUUGGGGCAACAGUAGUAUAUCCUAUUGAUUUAGUGAAAACUAGAAUGCAAGCUCAAAAACAUAAAUCUUAUUAUAAUAAUUCCUUUGAUUGUUUUAAGAAAAUCAUUACUCAUGAAGGAUUUAAAGGGUUAUAUAGUGGUUUAGGAGCUCAAUUAGUUGGAGUGGCUCCUGAAAAAGCUAUUAAAUUAACUGUUAAUGAUUUGGUUCGUAAAAUCGGUACUGAUGAAGCUGGUAAAAUUACUAUGAGAUGGGAAAUUUUAGCAGGUAUGUCAGCUGGUGCUUGUCAAGUUAUCUUUACUAAUCCUUUAGAAAUUGUUAAAAUUAGAUUACAAAUGCAAGGAAAAGCUAAAACUGUUGUCGGUGAAAUUCCUCAUAAACAAUUGACUGCUUCUUCAAUCAUAAAACAAUUAGGGUUAAAAGGUCUUUAUAAAGGGGCCAGUGCAUGUUUAUUAAGAGAUGUACCAUUUUCAGCUAUUUAUUUCCCAACUUAUGCUAAUUUAAAGAAAUAUAUGUUUGGAUUCGAUCCAAAUUCAUCUAGUAGUAAAUCAAAACGUUUAAAUACGUGGCAAUUAUUAGUUAGUGGUGCUUUAGCUGGUGCUCCAUCUGCAUUCUUUACAACUCCUGCUGAUGUUAUAAAAACAAGAUUACAAGUUGAAAGUAAAACUCAUGAUAUUAAAUAUAGAGGUAUUGUUCAUGCUGGUAAAGUGAUUCUUAUGGAAGAAGGUCUUGGUGCAUUCUUUAAAGGUUCAUUAGCCAGAGUUUUCAGAUCAUCUCCUCAAUUUGGUUUUACUUUAGCUUCUUAUGAACUUUUACAAAAUUUAUUCCCAUUAACUCCUCCUCAAACUAAAGAAUCUAAUUUUAAAAGUAUUACUGGUUAUCCUGGUCUUUAUAAUUUAAGUAAUGAUCAAGUUUAUAAUAGUCAAUCUAAAACCGAUAGAUUAUUAUACUUAUCGAAAGCUGAAUUAUCAGGAACUUCAACUGUUGGUGCUAAACUUAAUGAUACUUUAGUUAAAGUCCCCGCUGAAUACGUUUAUAAAUCUCAUGAUACUAUCAAAUUAUUAUUAGAUAUAGAUUAUAAAUUUGGUAAUUUCAGUUAUGAUUCCUAUUUGAAUUUCAUUCAUAAGAAGUAAGUGAUAUAGAUUACUUCCUAUGAUUCCCUCAUCCCGCUCCCAUCCCAUCCCAUCCCAUCUUUUAAAAUUUUUGAAAAAAAUGUGUAUGAAUUUACGAAAUGUCAUAUUUCUUGAUUUUUUUUUAUAUAUUAUUUGUUUAAUUUUGUUGAAGUUUAAUUUUGUUUAUUUUUGUUAUUAUUAUUAUCUAAUUCUAAUUAGUUUGUUUUUUAUCAUUCCUAUCUCCUCUCUUUUUAAAAGAUGUCUUUUUAUCUAUUUAGUUUAUAAAGUUAGAAUACAAAUUCAUAUUAUUAUUAUUAUA